AUGCUGGUUGUCAUCGUGUUCGGUUUACUGCUUCUGAAGGCCUCAUUAGGAGAGCUUAUAUUAAUGGACACAUCCGCUCGCAUGCCCUCGAGUGUGACCCAGAUUGGUGAGGCGAACCUGAAGAGUAUCCUGCACUCCAAUGAAGUGGUGUUCAUCAACUUCUAUGCGAACUGGUGCCACUUCAGUGUUCUCUUGGCGCCCAUUUUCGAGCACGCGGCUGCCCAUCUGAAGCAUGAAUUUCCGGAACCGGGAAAGGUGCUCCUGGGAAGGGUGGACUGUGCCCAGGAAACGGACUUGGCCGAUUUAUACAACAUCCAGAAGUUUCCCACGUUGCGACUGUUUUACAAAGGAGAAGCCGCACGCCGGGAGUACCGUGGUCAGAGGUCCGUGGACGCCUUAGUCAACUAUGUAAAGUCACAAUUUCACUCAGAUAUAGUUGAGUUCCAAGGCCCUGAAGAUCUGGCCAUUAUCGAUCCCCAUCGGAGAUCCGUAAUAGCCUAUUUCGAUAGUGAGGGUCCUGCCCACAAACUUUACCAACAUCUGGCUGAUCGCUAUAAAAACGAUUGCGAUUUUUACCAAAGGAUUGGCAAAGUGGAGGAGGGACGUCCUCCGGUAAGCCUGAGCUUCCGCCCGGACGUGGCCCGCACUUAUAGCCCGAAUGAAGAAUACGAAGGUGAUCCAGCCGACUCCAAUCAACUGGAGACCUGGAUCCUGCAGAAAUGUGUGCCACUUGUGCGAGAAAUCAAUUUCAAAAAUGUUGAGGAGCUGAUCGAGCAGCGACUGCCCCUGUUGUUGCUUUUUCACCUUCCCGGCGAUUUGAAGUCUGUCAAGGAUUUUCGUGCUAUCGUGGAGGCUCAGAUGCCGGAGAUGCGUGGCCAGUAUAACUUUUGUACUGUCGACGGUGUGCAGUUCGAGCACUCGGUCCUCCAUAUGGGGAAGUCUCGCAAGGACCUACCAAUUGUAGCCAUUGAUUCCCUUAAGUUUAUGUAUCCAUUUCCAAAUUUCAAUAACAUUUAUAAGAGGGGGCAGCUGAAGAAGUUCCUGGAGGAUUUCCUCGGCCAUUUAAAGCAGGAAACUGUACCGGUGACAGAGGCCACGGCAAAGGAGGGGAAGAAUACCGAGCCACCACGGUCUACGUUCAAGGAUCUGGGACCCUCUAAGUACCGGUACUCGUUACUCCAUGAUGAGCUGUGA